UUAUCAUCUGUAACAUUCUCUUUUAUGAUCAGUAACAAAUCUUAAACACACAUAAUAAACAAACAAUAAUUACCAUCUACGUUGAAAACUAGACAUAGAUAUUAAUAUUUAUCUGCAAUCAAAUUAAAAGCUAACUCACUGAUACUAUAGUUUCACAGUCAGACAGACACACGAUAACUCACUUGUCUCCCCAGUCAACUCUUUUCAGACAAGACUCUCUUCUUAAUUAUUCUCAACUUCUCUCAUCCUUCAAACACACUCUUCUUUCUCUCUCUCUCUCUCUCUCUCAUCGCCGGUUAAAGAUGCAUCUCCUCUUCCUCCUCCUCCUUCUCCCCACCGUCUUCUCCCUAAACCAAGAAGGCCUCAUCCUCCAACAAGUCAAACACUCUCUCCAAGACCCAGACUCCUCCCUCUCCACCUGGAACCCCCAAGACCCUUCACCAUGUCAAUGGACCGGCGUCUCCUGCUCCCCCUCCUCCUCCUCCGUAACUUCCAUCAACCUCUCCAACUCCAACCUCGCAGGCCCUUUCCCUUCCCUCAUCUGCCACCUCACCAACCUCACACACCUCUCCUUCUCCAACACCUCAAUCACCUCCCCUCUAAACAUAACCGCCUGCAAAAGCCUCAAAACCCUAGACCUCUCUCAGUGCCUCCUCACCGGCGUCAUCCCCCACACGCUCCCCGACCUCCCCCUCCUAACCUCCCUCGACCUCUCCGGAAACAACUUCUCCGGCGACAUUCCGGAAACCUUCGGAAAAUUCCAAAAACUCGAGACUCUCUCUCUCAUCAGCAACCUCCUCGACGGUACCAUCCCUCCGUUUCUAGGUAACAUCUCCUCCCUCAAGACGCUGAACCUAUCCUACAACCCGUUUACUCCGGGUCGGAUCCCUCCGGAGCUCGGGAACCUAACGAAUCUCCAAGUCUUGUGGCUCACGGAAUGUAAUUUAAUCGGGGAGAUUCCCGACUCGCUGGGUCGGCUCAGUAAACUCGUCGAUCUAGACCUUUCCUUCAACAACCUCGUGGGCCCCAUCCCUAACUCCCUCGGUGGUUUAACAAACGUGGUGCAGAUCGAGCUUUAUAACAACUCGUUAACCGGAGCUAUACCGGUCGAGCUCGGGAAUUUAAAAUCUUUACGGUUUUUCGACGCGGCGGAUAAUAAGUUAACCGGGACUGUACCGGACGAGCUCUGCCUUUUACCGUUGGAGAGUUUGAAUCUCUACGAGAACGAUCUCGAGGGGGAGCUUCCGGGGAGCGUAGCGUUGUCUCCCAACUUGAACGAGCUCAAGAUAUUCGGAAACCGUUUCUCCGGGGAGUUACCGAGAGACCUCGGCGUUAACUCGCCGUUGAGAUUGAUUGACGUGUCGGAAAACGGCUUCUCCGGGGAGUUACCGGCGGGUUUGUGCGCUAGAGGGAAGCUUGAGGAGCUGCUGGUGUUACGGAACUCGUUCUCGGGUGGUUUACCUGAGAGUUUGGGAGAUUGUAGGAGCUUGACGCGUGUCCGGUUAGCGUAUAACCGGUUUUCCGGUUUAAUUCCGGUUGGUUUCUGGGGUUUGCCGCACGUUUCGUUGCUUGAGAUGAUAAACAACUCGUUCUCCGGGGAGGUCUCGAGGACUAUUGGAGGCGCGUUGAAUCUCUCGAUGUUGGUUCUGACGAAUAAUGAGUUUACAGGAGCUUUGCCGGAGGAGAUUGGGUCUUUGGACAAGCUUAAUGAGUUGUCGGCGAGUGGGAACAAGUUUAAUGGUUCGUUGCCUGAUGGUUUGAUGAGUCUUGUUGAGUUAGGGACUCUUGAUCUUCACGGGAACCGGUUUAGUGGAGAGUUGUCUUCUAAGAUUAAGUCGUUGAAGAAGCUUAACGAGUUGAACUUAGCCGACAACGAAUUUUCCGGCAAGAUUCCGGAGGAGAUUGGGAGUUUGUCUGUUUUGAAUUAUCUUGAUCUUUCUGGUAAUUUAUUCUCUGGGGAGAUUCCGGUUUCGUUGCAGGGGUUAAAGCUAAACCAGCUGAAUUUAUCGAAUAACCGGUUAACCGGUGAGAUACCGGGUUCUUUAGAGAAGGAGAUGUAUAAGAACAGCUUUCUUGGGAACCCGGGACUGUGUGGGGAUAUUAAGGGCUUGUGUGGGUCAGAGGAUGAAGCUAAGAGCAAAGGCUAUGCAUGGCUUCUAAGGUCUAUCUUCGUACUAGCUGUUAUAGUGUUUGUUGCGGGACUUUCUUGGUUUUACUUCAAGUACAUGAUUUUCAAGAAAGCAAGAGCCGUGGAGAGAUCUAAGUGGACGUUAAUGUCGUUCCACAAACUCGGGUUCAGUGAGAACGAGAUUCUCGAAAGCUUAGAUGAAGAGAAUGUGGUUGGAGCUGGAGCUUCUGGUAAAGUCUACAAAGUUGUACUCACCAAUGGAGAAACCGUCGCGGUGAAACGGUUAUGGACAGGCUCGGUUAAAGAAAUAGAAGACACCGAUGAUCCAGAGAAAGGCGAGAGACCUGGAGUUCAAGACGAGGCCUUUGAAGCUGAGGUCGAGACAUUAGGUAAGAUAAGGCACAAGAACAUUGUGAAGCUGUGGUGUUGCUGCACCACUAGAGAUUGUAAGCUCUUGGUUUAUGAGUACAUGCCUAACGGUAGCUUGGGAGAUUUGCUACAUAGCAGCAAAGGAGGAACGUUGGGAUGGGAAACAAGGUUUAAGAUUAUAUUAGAUGCAGCUGAGGGGCUUUCUUAUCUUCACCAUGAUUGUGUUCCUGCGAUUGUGCAUAGAGAUGUUAAGUCCAAUAAUAUUUUGAUCGAUGGAGAUUACGGUGCGAAGGUUGCUGAUUUUGGAGUGGCUAAAGUCGUUGACUUGACCGGGAAGGCCCCUAAGUCGAUGUCAGUGAUCGCUGGCUCAUGCGGUUAUAUUGCACCAGAAUAUGCAUAUACGCUUCGUGUGAACGAGAAGAGCGACAUCUAUAGUUUUGGGGUGGUGAUCCUUGAGAUAGUGACUAGGAAACGUCCGGUUGAUCCGGAGCUGGGAGAGAAGGAUUUGGUGAAGUGGGUUUGCUCGACGUUGGACCAGAAAGGAGUAGAGCAUGUGAUAGAUCCUAAACUCGACUUAUGUUAUAAAGAAGAGAUAAGCAAGAUCAUUAACGUUGGGCUUCUAUGCACUAGUCCAUUGCCUAUAAACCGACCAUCGAUGAGACGUGUGGUUAAGAUGUUGCAAGAGAUUGGCGGUGGAGAUGACGAGAGCCUGAGCAAGACAAGAUCCGGAAAGUUAACUCCUUACUACUAUGAAGAAACCUCAGACCAAGGAAGUUCAGCUUGGGAGACAAAAUGAGAAAGUGUUUGUGCCCACAAACACUCAAUUUUUUGGUGUUUGAAGGUGUGAAUUAGUAUAGGGUGAAUUCUGCUUUUACAUAAUAUAAUGAGUCAGAUAAUGAUGAAAUUUUAUAGUAUUAUAAAAAGUUACUAAAUCAGGAAAUGGUGAUUCAGCCUCUAGUGUAAAGCUAUUUAGUAACCUCUGGCUAGCUUUACAGUGAAAAUGCUGCCAUCUUCUGGCGGUAAGAUGCAUUUAAAUAGUUCCCAGAUUUGGGUAAACAGAUUCUAUGUUCUUGUAAGGAACAUGUCUCUAUCUUUAAAGCGUGUGUGCUCUUCUGUUUAGUGAACUGUUGGAUGCUCGUGUAGGUAACUGUAGAUUCACAUGGCUCUUAAAUUCUUUAACUUUUUAGAAUUCUCUUUUAAAAGUUUCAGGUUGUGCUGUUUCCUUUACUUACUUUACGUGCAUACGCAUCAGAUGUAGUAAGAUUCAGCACAUGAGAUGACUACAUAUCACCUUUCCUGCGGAAAAUUCUCUUCUU